GGCUGCCCCUCGGUGGUUGCCAGGGCGAGGGGGCCCACGCGGUCCCGGGGGGACCCGGGUGUCCGGGCUCGUGGGUGGGGGCAGAGCCUGGGACCAGUGCCCGGAGCGGGCGGGGACACGGGGCAGGACCGGGACUGGGACUGCGGCUGGGACCAGCGCGGGGCAACGGGACGGGACUGGCACCAAUACCGGGACACGGGACAGGGCUGGGAGCAGAGCCAGCUGCGGACUCCCCAUGGCAGAAAGCGACGACCUCGCCCGCCGGGACCCCGCCCCCGCCGGCCCCCGCAGCCAGCCCUGCCGGCCCGUGCCGAGGGUCCACGCCUUUGGAAAGGGGGAGCAGGCGCUGCGGAGAGACCCCCGCACCCCCCCCGCCAUGCAGGGCUGGCUGCACAAGCAGGACAGCUCGGGGCUGCGGCUCUGGAAGCGCCGCUGGUUUGUACUGGUGGAUCUCUGCCUCUACUACUACCGGGACAGCAGCGAGCAGCAAGUGCGGGGCGGCCUCCCCCUGCCCGGCUACGAGAUCCGCGUCCUGCCCCCCGCCCCUCCCCCGGCCCCCUGGGUGCCGGGAUCCGGGGGUGCCCUGGGUGGGGAGCAUGGGACCCGGAUACCUGAGCCCCGCCUACCAAGGAUCCCCCAUUCCCAGGCUGAACAUCCCGGGAUGCGAACCUACUGCCUGGGGGCUGAGACCCCCGAGGAGCUGCACGCCUGGGUCUGCGCCCUGCGCCGGGGGGCAUCGGCCCUGCCCGGCUCCCCCCGCUCCCUCUCCCUGCAGACACCCCGGGAAGUCCGGAGCACAGGUCCCGCCUCACCCCCAUUGCCCACACACUCCCCGGGUCGGGGGCUGGGGAGCCCACCCGUGCCCCCUCCUCGCUGCCCCCCAGUGCCUCCACUGCCCCCCGGCGAGGUGCCCCAAGCCCAGGAGGAGCCCCCGACGCGGGGGUGUCCCCCCAGGACCGGGGACACGGGGGGGGGGCCACGGGGACGCCCCGAGCCCGCGCCCGCAGGGCGGAACCCGCAGAAGCCCCGCCCCCCCGGAGCAGCGCCGGAGCGAGACAUCGGGACCAAUCAGCCACCGGCUUCUCCAACUGCCUCUUCUGAUUGGCUGCCGAGCGCCGCCGGACCCGCGGGCACCGCCCCCGCGCCGGCAUCCAAUGACGCGUCGCGGCGGCGGCGGGCGGGGGCGGGGGGGCGUGGCUGGGCGCGCGAAGGCGCGGCCGGGCGGCCAAUCAGGAUCACGCUGCUGCAGGCCAGCUUCUGA